AUGAGGAGGAAAGUCGUGCUAGAUUCUACUACUAAAUCUAGUCGCUUUUCCCUUCUUUCAUCGUUAUCGUUGCAUUUCUAUCUGUCUUUUGCCUUCAUUUCGUGCAUUGCUUCACAAGCCCCCGCAGCAAAUGGACAGGGAUACAACCUCGGGCCGGUCAACGUUGAUCCUUCAGGGAAGACCAUGGCUGCGAAGCUCAAGUUGAUCCAGGGAACGCCGGCCUAUGGAGUAGAUUUACCGAAUCUGUAUCUUUUUGCUAGCUACGAGACAGAGGAUCGCCUUCGUGUCCGAAUCACCGACGCCGAUAACCGGCGCUGGGAGAUCCCUCCGACCGUCCUCCCCCGCCCACAAGCUCCGCCGUCUCCCCCUCGACUGUUAACGCUCCUUGACGCGAACUCAUCUCCGGCAUCGCCGCGAAGCAGAGUCUUCUCCACCCCUGACUCCGACCUUCUCCUCACCCUCCACUCCACCUCCCCCUUCACCUUCACCGUCUCCCGGCGCUCCACCGGCGACGUCCUCUUUGACACCCUCCCUGCCCUCGUCUUCAAGGACCAGUACCUGGAGCUCACCUCCUCACUGCCUGCCGACCGAGCCUCCCUCUUCGGCCUCGGCGAGCACACCAAGCGCACCUUCAAGCUUGUCGCCGGCGACACCUUAACGCUCUGGAACUCCGACAUCCCGUCGUCCGCCCUCGACCAGAAUCUCUACGGCUCCCACCCUUUCUACAUGGACGUCCGGUCCUCCUCCAACGCCACCUCUUCGCCGGGGAUCUCCCACGGAGUCCUGCUGCUAAACAGCAACGGCAUGGACGUCAUCUACGGCGGAUCGCACAUCACUUACAAGGUGAUCGGAGGAGUCCUAGAUUUCUACUUUUUCUCCGGGCCGUCGCCAUUGGCAGUCAUGGAUCAGUACACAGAGCUCGUCGGCAGGCCGGCGGCGAUGCCUUACUGGUCCUUCGGGUUCCACCAGUGCAGGUAUGGGUAUCGCGACGUUUCGCAGCUAGAGCGCGUCGUCGCAGGGUACGCCAACGCCGGCUUACCGCUCGAAGUGAUGUGGACCGACAUCGAUUACAUGGAUAAAUACAAAGAUUUUACUCUGGAUCCGGUCAACUUUCCGGCGGAUAGAAUGAACCGGUUCGUCGACAACCUCCACAAGAACGGCCAGAAGUACGUUGUCAUAAUCGAUCCAGGCAUCAAUGUCAAUUACUCGUAUGGCACAUUCCUGAGAGGGAUGAAACAGGACGUGUUCUUGAAGAGAGGAGGAAGCAACUACCUCGGCAGUGUGUGGCCGGGGCCGGUCUACUUCCCCGACUUCAUGAACCCCAACGCCGUUGAAUUCUGGGCCGGAGAGAUCGAUAAGUUCCUCAAGACGGUGCUUCCGGUGGACGGAUUGUGGAUCGACAUGAACGAGAUAUCCAACUUCAUCACCUCGCCGCCGCUGAACUCUCUGGACAACCCACCUUACGCCAUCAACAACGCCGGCGGCCGCCGGCCCAUCUACGUCAGGACGGUGCCGGCAUCUGCCGUCCACUUCGGGAACGUGUCGGAGUACGACGCGCACAAUCUCCACGGGCUUCUGGAGGCGAUGGCGACCGUCGACGGGCUGGUCCAGUCGACCGGGAAGAGACCGUUCGUGUUGAGUAGGUCGACGUUCGUUGGGUCGGGUAAGUACGCCGCGCACUGGAGCGGCGACAACUCCGCGAAUUGGGAUGACCUCCAGCGCUCGAUUCCGGCGAUAUUGAAUUCGGGGCUCUUUGGGAUUCCCAUGGUCGGAGCUGACAUUUGUGGGUUCGUCGGCGACACCAACGAAGAGCUAUGCCGGCGGUGGAUUCAGGUAGGCGCAUUCUAUCCCUUCUCGAGGGAUCACUCCGACAUCCAUUCCAUCCCGCAAGAGCUCUACUUGUGGGACUCCGUCGCCGCGGCGGCGAAGAAGGCCCUCGGACUCCGGUACCGCCUCCUCCCCCACUUCUACACGCUCAUGUACGAGGCCCACGUCGCCGGCGCCCCCAUCGCCCGCCCGCUCUUCUUCGCCUUCCCGGAAGACACCUCCACCUACGGCAUCAGCUCGCAGUUCAUGAUCGGCUCCGGAAUCCUCGUCUCGCCGGUGCUGAAGGACUACACGACCCAAGUCGACGCUUACUUCCCGAGAGGCAACUGGUUCGACCUGUUCAACUACUCGCGGCCGGCGGUGCAGGCGCCCGCCGGCAGGCACUUGACGCUGGACGCGCCGGAAGACAGCAUCAACGUGCACGUUCGCGGUGGAAGCGUGGUGGCCAUGCAGGGGGAGGCGCCGACGACGGGGCUGGCGAGGAAGACGCCGUUCGAGGUGUUGGUGGUGCAGGACGAGGGAGGGGCGGCGAGCGGGGAGGUGUUUGUGGACGACGGCGAGUCGGUGGAGAUGGCGGAGGCGGCUGGGGGAGAGUGGAGUCUUGUGAAGUUCGGGUGUGAAGUGACGGGCGGCGGCGGAGGGGACGUGAGGAUCAAGUCAGAGGUGGUGAACGGAGACUGGGCGGCGAAGCAGCGGAUGGUGGUGGAGAAGGUGGUGGUGCUGGGGAUGGAGAUGGAGAAGGCGAGGAAGAUUAGCUCUGUUUCGGUGGCGGCGCAGGGUAACACGAGGAAGGUGGAGGUGAGCGUGGAAGAGGGAGAGGAAGGAAGGUUCGGGGUGGUGGAGAUGAAGGGGCUAGGGCUCCUACUGGGAGAGGAGUUCGAGAUCAUGAUUAUGAUGAGUUAA